AUGAUGUAUAUUCAUAAAUUAUUUUUAUAUACUUUUAAAGUAUUCAUACUUUUUUUAACAUUUAAUAUUGUAUAUAUCAAAUGUGGAUCUGGAAAUUUAAGUUGUGGACCAAAAGAAGUUCCUUAUGGUAUUGCAAUUGAUUCUAAUGGAACGCCAAAAAUUUUUUGCCAAUCUUCACCAUGUAUCUUUUCUGAUAAAUCAACAAAUACCAAAUUUAUUAAUGGUUAUGAUAAUGAUGAGUAUGCUCAUUGUUCUAAUGAAUUAAUUGAUAGUUCUUGUUCUGGAGAAACUGAAUGGACUGCAGGACUUUUUGAAAUUAAUAAUAGUACACAUAUACUUUUAAAAACAAAAUGUUGUGAUUUUCACAGAAUGUCAUCAGCAAUAGAAUAUAAAUCUUCAAUAUUAAUGAAUAAUGAUCAUUAUAUUGGUGGUAAAACAAAUAAUUUUUCAGAAAUUCCAUCAUAUGAUUUAAUAAAAGAAGUUGUUAAAAGAGUAACAGAACAAAAUGAAUUUUAUUAUAUUGUCUCAAUUUAUCGUAUUCAAUGCCUCACAAAUUCACCAUCAUUUUAUAGAAAUGAUAUUGAAACAGCUAAUAGUAUACAAUUAUCAAAUAAUUAUGUUGAUAAUAAUAUUCCUCAAUACAUUCCAUACCAAUUUAAUGGUGAUCAAAAAAAAAAUUAUAAUUAUAUCAAAGAACAUGACUAUCCUUAUCAGGAACAAAAAAGUUUUUAUAAAAAACCAACACAAGGAGGAAGUCUUAAUGUUAAAGAUCACUCAUUACAAGUUAUGAGAGAAGAAGAAUCAUUAGAUUAUAUGGGUAACAAUAAUAAAUUAAUACCACAAAUUCCUAAUCAAAUACCAUUUAUUACAUCAAUAACUCCAAAGACAGAUAUAGGAAGACCUAAAGCAUCAGGUGGUAUACUUUAUCAUCCAGUUUCAUCUUCUGGUUGUGAUAAUGGAUGUGGUUCAUCUUUUAUUCAACAACCCGUCUAUUCAUGUGGUACAUGUGGUGCUUCUGCUCCAGCUUCUGAUUAUAAUUCAAUAUUUUCAUCUCUUCAUUGUUUUUCUGGUGAUAUGAAAGUUAUUAUACCAAAUGGUAUUAAAAAAAUGAAAGAUGUUAAAAUAGGUGAUAUAGUUCUUUCAAUGGAAGAAAGUUCAGUUACAUUUAAUAAAGUUAUAGGUUUCUUACAUCGAAAACCAAAUCUUACAGCAACAUUUAAUCAUUUAAUAACAGAAAGUAAAAAAGAACUUAAAUUAACAGAUUAUCAUUUAAUUUACAAAUCACAAUGUAAUAUUAAAGAUAGUAAAAUAGUUUUAUCAUAUGCUAAGGACAUUAAAAUUGGUGAUUGUGUAUAUACAUUAAUUGAUGGUCAUCAAAAUAAUAAAUUUUUAAAAGAAAAAGUUAAAGAAAUUAAAAAAGUUGAAGAAAUUGGUAUAUAUUCACCACUGACAACAUCUGGGGAUAUAAUUGUUAACAAUUUUCUAGCUAGUUGUCAUAAUAAUUUUGCAGCUCAAUCUCUUCAACAAACAUUUUUUAAAUCCUGGCAAUCUGUAGCUAAUGUUGUAUGGCGGAUAAAAGAAUUGUUGUAUUCAAGUAAUAAUUUUAUCAUAAAUAAUCAUUAUUCAAUAGAAGAAGAAUUUGAUAUACCAUUUGGUGUAAAAUAUAUUAUUAAUGUAAUUGACAUGAUUGUCCCAGUCAAAAUGUUUAUUUGA